UGCAUAUUCACAAACCCUCACCUGCCCGCACUUUGCUUUGCAGUCCACUCCGCCAAUUCUCCAAUCCACGCACGACCUUCUUUAGAUUUCCUCUGCACGCCGCGUCGACAGCACCACUUCGCACCAGUGCUUCGAUCUCUAUCUCUCCCACACUCAAGCUUGACUUCCUCAUCCCACUCCAGCCACUAUUGACCAGCUUCUUCCAGCCUUCCCUACCCAGAAUGGCGAGCUCUGGUAUAGACGAGAGCUUGGCUACUUUCAUCAAGACGCACACUCCGAAAGAUGUCUCGUCCGAGGCCGAUGCCGUGAAGGCUUCGCAGAUUCUCUUCCCCUCUGCGACCUACACCGACGCUGAAAAGGCCGAGAUUAGCCAAUGGGUCAUCACAUCAUCUCACCUUGGGUCUACGACUGAGGAUGCCGCAAAGUCUGGCGAGAGGCUGUCGACCCUGAAUACCCACCUCUCUAGCCGCACUACCCUCCUUGGUGCCAAACCCUCCAUCGCUGAUAUUGCCCUCUACCAAAAGCUCGCACCCAUCGUAGCGAAGUGGGGUCCGGAGGAGAGGACGGGGGAGCAAGGAUACCAUCACAUUGUCCGACACCUGGACUUCGUGCAAAACGCGCCCGUCUUUGGCCUGAAGCUGGAGGAAAAGAUUCGCGUGGAUGUGGAUAAUGUCAUCUUCAAGAUCAAGCCUGUUGAUGCCAAAGCAGAGAAGGAGCGCAAAAAGAAGGAGAGGGAAUCUGCUGCGGCAAGCGCGGCCGCGUCAGGCGCAGCAACGCCCACCACCUUAGCCGGCGACCAGACUCCCUCCGAGGGUGGACGCAGGAGCAAGAAGGAGAAGGGCAAGGACAAACUCCAGGCGGUUGAUGAUGCUAUAGCUUCUGCUGCCGGUGGUCCGCCCGAGGGUGCGCCAACCAAGAAGAAGGAGAAGAAGGAGAAGCAACCGAAAGCUCAGAAAGCAGCUCCGGUGGAGAAACAGCUGUCUCCAAGUCUGAUUGAUCUCCGCGUCGGACACAUCCUCAAAGCUACCACCCACCCCAACGCAGAUUCGCUUUACGUCAGCACCAUCGCAUGCGGCGAUGCGCCAGGAACGGACAAUACGUCAGAAUAUGAAGGCCAGAUUGUGCGGACGGUAUGCUCCGGUCUCAAUGGAUUGAUACCUCUCGAGGAGAUGCAGAAUCGAAAGAUUGUUGCUGUCUGCAACCUCAAGCCUGUGACUAUGCGUGGCAUCAAGUCCGCCGCUAUGGUUCUUGCUGCCUCGCCGAGGGUUGCAGAAGGGGAGGAUAGCCACAAAGGACCCGUAGAGCUUGUCAAUCCGCCCUCAGACUCAAAAGCUGGAGACAGGGUAUUUUUCGAAGGGUGGGAGGGUGAACCUGAGCCCGUUCUGAACCCGAAGAAGAAGAUCUGGGAGACUAUUCAACCAGGCUUCACAACCACAGACACGCUUGAAGUCGGCUUCGAUGUCGAAGGCGUUCCGCAGCUUUCUGGCGAAGGAUCUGACAAGAAGACAGGCGUCGGGAGGCUGAAAACAGCAGCGGGCAUGUGCACUGUAAGCACAUUGAAAGGGGCUACUGUCCGAUAGACGUAUGCGUUAUAUCUACCAUAGAACUCAAAAGUAAGAAUUAUGCAGGCCAAAUAAUGCCUGCUUGAAUAUCCA